AUGCUCGACGCCAGGGUGGAGUCGGGCCUGGCCCUCUACAGGAGGAAUCCUCCUCCUCCUCCGCCUCCUCCGCCUCCUCCUCCGCCUCCUCCUCCUCCUCCUCCUCCUCUGGGAACGUUUUUUCGACUAUUUUGUAAGAUUCCUUGUUAUUUGUGGACUAUGUUUUCGUUCCUCGUCCAGAAUCCGCCUGUAGGGGGGACUUGCCCGACCUGCGCCAGGGCGUCGCAGCGUACGCUCGCGCCCAGGCGCAGGCGCGGCGCCAGGCUGUGCAGCCCGCUGCGGGCACGCCGAAGCCCUCCUCCCAGGAGGCCCCCCUCCCGCUGGGACGACUCGUUGUGGUCGUCAGCAAGUCUUCCCAGCGGGACGGAGAAAAAAAAGGAAACAUAAACAAAACUUGCGGUGGUCGCCAGCCGCCGAGGAGCACCGAGGGGCGGUCCGACGACGUGGGUCCGCCCACGCCUCGGGUUUUCUGUUUUUCAGGCCGCGGCACCCACGCCAUGCCCUGGGUGGGCACGGCGGGGCUCCUCUCGGGGGGUGCGUGGACGACUCCGGCGCGCUCCCUUCGCCUCGCUUCCUUGGGCGCCGCGUAAUGGGGGGCCACGCCCAACUUCCGCUUCUGUCUCGGAGGCCCCGGGGCUGACCCCGACCGCAAAAUCGGCGGAUGCCUCCACCGCCUCGGAGUCCUGCUGGUACGAUCCGGGCUCCCCGGGCAGCCGAGGGAUUCUCACCAGCACCAAGCUCCAAGUUGAGGCCUGCCCAUUCCCGCUUCUGCGCCUUUUCUGUGUGUGUUUUUUUUUUUCUCAUGGCAGUUCGUCAUCUCGAGGCUCCACCCUUCUUGCCUCGCCCCAGCAUGGCUUCAUCCCGAAGGGGGGGGGCUUCGAAGAUUUUGACGUGAUGGUGUGGCUGAGCGUGUCCGCGCAUGUGGAGCGCAGCAGCUACGAAGGCAGAGCUGAAUACCGGCGCUGCUACUAGAGUCUAGUUCCAUCUGUGGGUGUUGCUCAAUCUCCUCCGUCUCCUCUUCCCUCUCAUUGUUUUGUUUUGUCUCUCUCUCUUUCUCUGUCUCUCCUUGUUUCUGAAUCUCCCCUUCACCUGUUUAUUCUCCCGCGCCGGUCAUUUAGUGGCCCUGGCUGUCACAUCCAUGUUAAGUGGACCGACGGCGAGCGAUUGGAAGAACAUCCGACCGCCGUCGCAUCAAUCCUUGCUUCUCCAGUACACCUUAGCACCUGCUGUAAUUCCAAUCAUUUUUCUGAAGCGCCUUCGGGCUUCUCCAGACAAACUGGUUAUGUCGGCAUCAUGAUGGUUGCUCGUACACAUCCAGCAUGCCUAUUGCGCCUCCCACCGCUGGCCACGCGCAC